AAAAACUUAUAAAAUAAAAAUGUUAAAUACACUUGAACCUUUCAAUAAAUAUUUCGUUUGCAACUUUAACAAAUCUACAGAUACUGAAACGAUAGAAAAUGAGUUGCUGCGGCUGCUGUGGACAUGCAAUUUCACCACAGAAAAUUUGGAAAAAUUAUUGAGCACUCAUUUGAGUAACCAGAAAGACAAAUUAAAUGAUGAAGAAGCUAGAACUGCCUUAUGCCAAGCGAUUGAAUUAAUAUUAAUUUUUGUGCAGUACAAUUUUACCGGUCCUACAAAAUCAGUGGAUGAAUUUACUGAAUUAAUAGCCAACAAAAAACUAGAGGAAUGUGAUCCUUUUGUAAAGUUGAUAGAAAAUGGAGAGGAGAUCAACUCCAACGUUGCAUUGGGUGAAUUAUUUGUAAUUGCAAAGAACAUUUUAAAACAACUAUCAGCACAAUAUCCCGAAUCAUUGGUGGUGCAGUGGUGGAACCUGCGUGCGAUUUGUUUACACCAGCAAUUAAUUGAUGAGCUCACUAGCAAUUUAUAUGACAAUUACAAAAAAGCGGCAGAAUUUCUAAUAAAACACGUUGAUGCAUUGGCGGAUACCGAGCUUGAAGCUUUGCUGUAUCUAGAAGUGGCAAAUGGUUAUUUGCUAUUCCAUCGCUCACAAAAAUCGGAUGAACUGCUGGAGGAAUUAUGCAAACGCUUGAAUGUUGUACUAAAUGUUGAAGGUUUACUUGGUGUACGCACAAAAUUCCAGCAAAAGCCGCUACCUCAACUUUGUCUCAAAGUAGAGCACGCCAAUGAUGAGUACUUACGCACUGCGAAAGAAACAAAUGGUAAUACCAGUUUACCAAAACUAUUGCUAUUGGAAGAUGACACGCGUUUGGAACGCAUACGUUUCAUAGAGCCAAAAGAUAAUGAUAUCAUGACUCUACCAAGUGUUUUACAAGCCUUAGUAUUAGCAAAAGUCAAACAACUUAAACGUUCUCAACCAAAAGAUCGACUAGCAGACGAAGAGUUAGAACCUUAUAUACAAACAUUACUCUACCAAGAAUGUGGGCCAUUGCAAGUGCGUCUAGCAGUUUUAUUGCUAAAUUGCGUGCAGGAAUCGUCACAACGACGCACAGUCGAACGCAGCUGGAAACAAUGUGAAGAAGCUGUUAAACUGUUGAAUGAGAGCACAUACUCCACACAAGAUCGUCUUUCAUAUGCUUUUGCUGGUUUCCUGCAACCCACGUGGCAAGUUAAAAUGCAACUUUGUGAGUUGUUACUCUCCCUUGGCAUGACUAAAACCGCUUUGGACAUAUAUUUGAAAAUAAAAGCCUGGGAACAAGUAAUUAACUGUUACACGCGCUUGGAGUUGCGCAAUAAUGCAGCGGAAAUUAUACGCCAAGAAUUACAGAAAAAACCAACAGCCUUACUGCAUUGUCUACUUGGCGAUGCUACCGAUGAUCCCACACAUUACGAAACUGCUUGGCAGUUUUCCAAAGAAACUAGCGGCAAAGCUCAAGCACAUUGGGGCAACUAUUUCUUCGGCAGAAAAGAAUACGAAAAAGCUAUAGAACACCUUGAGAAGUCUGUACAAAUAAAUUCAUUGCAAGAAAAAAUUUGGUUACGUUUAGGAUAUGCAGCUAUAAUGAUAGAACGCUGGGAAUUGGCAGUACACGCAUACAUAACCUAUACACAUUUGGAACCGCUCGGUUUUGAAUCUUGGAACAAUUUAGCCAAAGCGCUUAUUAAGUUGGGUGAUAAGAUGCGUGCACAUAAAGUGUUAAGUGAAUCCUUAAAAUGUAACUACCACAACUGGAAGGUUUGGGAAAAUUUUAUGUUGGUUUCGGUGGACACAGGGCAUUUCGAAGAUGCAAUAAAUGCCUACAACCGCUUAAGUGAUUUAAAGCAACAUUUUCUAGACUUAGAAGUGCUUUGUGUUACCAUGACAGCCAUAGCACAAGGCAAACCUGAUGCUAAAGGUCAAACAGCAGAGCGUUUACAUAAAAAAGCGGUGUCACUUAUGGCCCAGCAGUGUAUCAAACAUGGUAAUGAGUCAAAAGUCUGGGAACUUGCCGCAUUACUCGCCAAAACGCCACUUGAUAAAGCGCAGAAAUUAAUCAAAUCUUACCGUUCUUACACCAGUAAAGAACUUGCCUGGGCGAGUAAACAACCAUUUUCGUUAAAAGCACUACAAUUAACGCGGGAAAUUUGUACAUUAUCACUGCAAGCAAUUACAGAACAUUCCACAGAAGAAACGCCCGGCAUGAUAACAUCACAAUUAAGCUCAGCUCGUCUAUCUGCACAAGCCUGCAUACGUGCCGUAGAGAAAGAAACCGAAAACUGGCCAGAGAACCAAGAAUUGCUGCAAGAAGUCAAGGAAUUAUUUGAACGAACAACAGAGCAAGUAAAACAGCGCAUGGAAAAUAAAUAAUUUAUUUAUUAAAUAUAAAAAAAGCAUUAAAGCUAUAUUUGACUUUU